UAACAUCACGGCCAAAAGCUGUGUGCGCUUCCGGAUGAUAUUAUGAAUCUUCAUGCUGCAAAGAAAGAAACGUCUCUGGACCACUGCGUCACUUCCGCUUUUUAAAAAUGGCGUACAAAAACACUCCGAGUAGGAUGCUGCAGGUCUGCAGUUUCUGCAGGAAUUACUGAAUAUUUGCUUAUAAACGGACGGCUGAUUGUUCCGAGAGUGUGUGGUUGAAGACGCACAGAGUAUUUCAGAAUGAGCAGCAGGAGAAAACGCGCUCCCCCGGUCAGGGUGGACGACGAGGCCAAGAAGAAGCUAAACUGGAACAUGCUUGAGGAUCGCCAGAGGGAAGGUGAAGUCCUCCAGACGGACGACCCGAUGCCAAGCUGCUCAGCAACACCCGCACCCCCAGUGUGUGCUCUCCUUACCCCCGGCGGAUCCGCCCCAGAACGAGGGGAGGGAGAGGAGGAGCUCCAUGGGACGUCCUCGGACACAACGGUCGCUUUAUUGUCGGCCUCUCUGUCGCUCUCGGUGCUUCCUACUUCGACGCUGGCUCCCGCCUGGAAGUCGCUGAUAGGCGAGUUCAGCCUCAAACCUGCUAGGGUCCUUGAUCCUGACCGGCAGCACGGAGCGUUUACCCUGCGCAGGAAUGGACAGCGGGUGUUUCUCCGUUACUCGAGCCACGAGGAGAGCUCUGGGGAGCCGGGGAAAACCCCAGAGGAGGAGCAGGAGGGGGAGAUUGUGUGUACCCAAGAGCACAGCCAUGGUAGUGUCCAGCUGGAGGACAUCGAGUGGCUGCAGAAGAGAGGGGUGGUACAGCUCUGUCACCAAACCAAAGGAGAGGCCAUCCAGGUGGGGAUAUACCUGCUGGAGGCGGGGAUAAGCAAGCCAGAGUUCCUGGGCGAGGGGAAUUCUAGGCUAAAGAAGGCUAACCAGCUAAUGCAAAAGCUAAUGGAGUAUUUCUAUGACUUCAUUAUACCAGAAGUGGUGGAGACGGAGGAGGUGGACUGCGACACCGACCUGGAGCGUCAGAACGUGGAGGAGCUCUACGACUACGUCAGGCACCUCCACCAGCGCCAGGAGCAGCAGCGGGGAGACCAGAAGCCCCUGUACGACGUCCAGCACACGGCCCUCAUCCCCGUGCUGAGACCCUAUCAGAGCCAGGCUGUCAACUGGAUGCUGAGGAGGGAGCGAUACAGGCUCAGCUCCCCCAAAGAACCAUCGCUACACUUUCUCUGGCGUGAGGUGGUCACUUUGUGCGGGAAGAAAUUGUACUACAACCCCUUCACUGGCUGUCUGAUGCGGGAGUUCCCGCUGGCGGGGCCUCAGUGGCCGGGGGGGAUCCUGGCAGACGAGAUGGGCCUGGGGAAGACCGUGGAGGUCCUGGCCCUGAUCCUGUGCCACAGCCGGCAGGGCCUGGAGCCCGACACCCUCACCCUACCCCUGGGGAAGUCUGUGAAUUACUUCGUACCUCCACCACAGCUGGAGAAGGAGGAAGUCAUCCACUGCAAAUCAGAAGCUCUACCAAAAGUCAGGAUCUCCUACCCCACUGUGCGCGUUAUGCUGCUCACCGCCAUCAAGGAAAUGCGCUCUGGCAAGGGGGCGUCGACCAACGGCAUUUUCACCUACGUCCGCUCCACAUACGGCUACGACCUCCUGAAGAACCGCAACCACAUACGGCGAGCGCUGGUCAAGCUGAUCGACGAAGGCCUGGUGGACAGGGUCAAGGGUCGAGGCCUAGCCGGAUCCUUCCGGCUGGGGAAGAAGUACAAGGAGAAGAAGACCACGGUUGCCACGCCGACAAAGUCUCCUUCCAAAAACAAAGAAGCCCCGCCCAGGAGGACCUCCCAGCGGCGAGCGGAGGAGAAGGUGGACUACGUCUCGCCGGCGUCCCCGGGAGAAGACCUGGAACCCCAGUGGUCCGAGGACGCCACGCCGCGGCUGGAGCGCGCCGAACAAUCAGACGACGGCCCACUCGUGGACAGCUCCCAGGCAUUGCUAUCCUCUCAGAUGGCGGUGAAUCAAACACGGGUAACGUCACCUCACCGCGACGGACGCAAAGUGGCGACCCGGGGAGAAACCGCCCAUCUGCAGGAGGAACGCACACACCCCGUCCCACAGGUGGAGACGCCUGCGACCCGGGCAUCCCUCACGCCGUUCAACACGCCAGCAUACCGCUUCGAGUGCAUCUGCGGUGAGCUGGGGCUCGUGGACUACAAGGCCCGGGUGCAGUGUAUGAACUGCCAGCUGUGGCAGCACGCCCAGUGCGUCAACUACAAGGAGGAGAGCCGGGAGACCACGCCCUUCUACUGCCCCCACUGCCUGGUCGCCAUGACGCCCGUCCCCACCGGCGCAACCCUCAUCAUCUCCCCCAGCUCAAUCUGCCACCAGUGGGUGGAGGAAAUCAAGCGCCACAUCAGCUCCUCCUCGCUGCGCGUGCUGGUGUACCAGGGCGUGAAGCGGCACGGCUUCAUCCAACCCCGCAUGCUAGCGGAGCAGGACGUGGUCAUCACCACCUACGACGUGCUGCGCUCGGAGCUCAACUACGUGGACAUCCCACACAGCAACAGCAAGGACGGUCGGCGCUUCCGCAACCAGAAGCGCUACAUGGCCGUGCCCAGCCCCCUGGUGGCCGUGGAGUGGUGGCGCAUCUGCCUGGACGAGGCCCAGACAGUGGAAUGUACCACCGCCAAAGCAGCAGAAAUGGCGUUGCGUCUUGCAUCGGUCAACCGCUGGUGUGUCAGUGGAACUCCAGUCCAGAGAGGCUUAGAGGAUCUCUACGGUCUCGUGCUUUUCCUCGGCGUCGACCCCUACUGGGUGAAACACUGGUGGGACCAUCUGUUGUACCGCCCCUAUCUCCGCGGCAACACGGAGCCCCUGUACAGCGUGAUCGCUCAACUGUUAUGGCGAUCGGCUAAAAAGGACGUUAUUGACCAGAUCCAGAUCCCCCCUCAGACGGAGGAGGUGCACUGGCUGCGCUUCUCCCCCGUGGAGGGCCACUUCUACCACCGGCAGCACGACGUCUGCUCCCAGGACGCCCUGGCGCAGCUCCGCAAGAUCUCUGACUGGAGCCUGAAGCUGGGCAGCCUGGACCGCCGCACAGUCACCACCAUCCUCUACCCGCUGCUGAGGCUCCGGCAGGCCUGCUGCCACCCGCAGGCCGUCCGUGGGGAGUUCCUUCCCCUGCAGAAGAGCACCAUGACGAUGGAGGAGCUUCUAAAGUCCCUGCAGAAGAAGUGUCGAGUGGAGUGUGAGGAGGCUCACCGACAGUUGGUGUGUGCUUUCAACGGGCUGGCGGGCAUUCAUAUCAUCCGAGAUGAGUUUGUGGAGGCGGUGGAGAUGUACAGAGAAGUGUUGCGUUCGUCAGAGGAACACAAAGACCGGCUGAAAACAGACUCCUUGCAGAGGCUCCACGCCACCCACAAUCUGAUGGAACUGCUGAGUGCAAAGCAUGCUGGGAUACCUCCUACUCUCAGAGACGACCGCCUGAGUGAAGAGGCAGAGCAUCUCCGGCAGCACUACAUGACCAAAUACAACGCUGAGGUUUCGGACGCGCAGCAGGCCCUCCGGCCCGUGCUGCACAAAGUCAGCGAGCUCAAACGCAAGGUGAACCUGCGCUCCCCGUGGUGGAUGGACGUCCUCCAGAAUGCGAUCCAGAACUCCAUAGACGAGGACCUGGUGUCUCGGGUCCACAACGAGCUCUCCAGCAGCUACAAGCAGCAGCCCAACAAGUUCACCAUGGCCGACAAGUUCCGGGAUGGGCGUGGCCUGCAGCUGAUUCUGUGCACGCAGACAGACGAGCUGAUGAGGUCACAGAAGACGGUGCAGGAGGCUGUGAAGAAGCUGGAAGGUCCCGCCUCCAAGGAGGUCAUAGAAGAGGCCACCAUUUGUCACCUGAGGCCCGUACGCCUGCCACUCAACAAUUGUGUCUUCUGCAAAGCAGACGAGCUAUUCACAAACUAUGAAUCCAAGCUGUUCUCUCACACGGUCAAAGGUCAGAAGGCCUUCUUCGAGGAGAUGAUCGAGGAUGAGGAGGGUCUGGUGGACGACCGGCUCCCCACCACCAGCCGGGGCCUGUGGGCCGCCAGCGAGACGGAGCGCACCCUGAAGGCGGUGCUCACCUUCGCCAAGGCCCGGCGCAUGGACCCCCUGCUGGUGGAGGAGGGGAACACCUUCAUGGAGCUGUUUGAGAACUGGAAGAAGGAGUACAAGGUUCUGCAUGAGUACUGGAUGGUUCUGCGGAACAACGUGUCGGCUAUCGACGAGCUGGGCAUGGCCACGGAGCGGCUCCGUGUACGGCUCCCCGAAGAGCCCAAACCCAAGGUCCUCCACAUCAUAGAACCACAUGAGGUGGAGACGAACCGUGCGAAGCUGGUGAACGACCGUGCACUGGCCCAGUCCCAGCUCCACAAGAAGCUGGGCCAGCUCCUCUACCUCAACAACCUGGAGAAGUCCCAGGACAAGGAGACCGGGGGUCUCAACCCUGAACCAUGUCCGAUCUGCGCACGGCCCCUGGGACAAGAGUGGGCAGUGCUGACGUGCGGCCACUGCUUCUGCAACGAGUGCAUCUCCAUCAUCGUGGAGCAGUACAGCGUGGGCUCGCGGCGCCGCGCCAUCAAGUGCGCCAUCUGCAGGCAGACCACGGCGCACGCCGAGAUCUCCUACGUGUUCACCUGCGAGGCCUCCAGCCGCAACCAGGACAUCCCCGUCAAGGGGAGCCAUUCUACCAAAGUAGAAGCGGUUGUGAGGACCCUCAAGAAGAUCCAACUGACCGACCCUGGGGCCAAAUGCCUUGUUUUCUCCAUGUGGCAGUGUGUCCUGGACAUCAUCUCCAAGGCCCUGUUCGACAACACCAUGGAGUUCUCCCAGAUCAACGGCAUCCACAAGUUCCAGGAGAACCUGAGCUCCUUCAAGCACGAGGAGAAGAUCAACAUCCUGCUGCUCCCGCUGCACACGGGCUCCAAUGGCCUCAACAUCAUCGAGGCCACGCACGUCCUAUUGGUGGAGCCUAUCCUAAACCCCGCCCACGAGCUGCAGGCCAUCGGGCGCGUCCACCGCAUCGGCCAGACCAAGCCCACGUUUGUUCACCGGUUCCUCAUCAAGUCCACCAUCGAAGAGAGAAUGCAGGCCAUGAUGAAGACGGCCGACAAAAGCCACAGCGCGGCGGCGGCCAUGAAGCACUCGGAGGCGUCCGUGCUGACCGUGGCCGACCUCGCCGACCUCUUCACAGAAGACGGGGCGCCACUGGGCUAGACUGCUGCCCCCCCCCCCCCCACACACACACGGCCAUACCCCCACAACACGCAGUAAGACCGACCCAUCCGAGAGACCUCCUCUGAGACACGACCCCACACUGCAGGGCCACGACGCUUUACACAUUCCUUUCAUAUAGAUAUACAUACGUGUACGUGUACAUGUGUGUGUGUUCCGUUGCUGGUCGAGUCCAGAUCCUAAUAAAAUACAUUCAAAGGAUCUGAGGUCUCAUUUAUAACCGUUGCGUACGCACAAAACGGGGCUGAUAUUGGCGUACAUGACUUUCCACGGCAAGGUUGUGAUCUAUAAAAAGCUUACUUGACGGGAGAAUGUGCGCAGCCCUAAGCAAACUCUGACCCAUGCGUACGCAUGGUUUGGAGGAAAAGGAGAAUUGGCGACACAGAUGGUGUGGUGGUGAACUGAAGUCAGACAGAAGAAUUGUAGAGUGAGAAGAACGAUUAUGAUUUAUCAUCGCCCUUCAUAAGUUUAGUUUCAACCCGUAUCAUGCGUUAAAUCUAUGUAAUCAGAAUAAUUUAAGUCAACUGCGUUAUUUCUCAGUUAUAACUCCAGAAACAUCUCCAUAGAAAUGAAAAAAAAUUCUCUAUAUUUAAUCCCGUCACUCCAUACUGUCCACUGACGGCGCGACUGCAUGGAAUAAAGCAUCUGUCCAACAUGUGUCAAAAACAUAAUAUUUUUAUGUGACACUGUAAACACAUAAUCAAAUGUCAAUUAAAUCCCAAGUUUGGAAAACCAAGCCACAUACUCCUCACCACAAUCGUUAUAUUAUUAUCGAAAGGAAGAGUCUCCUCCAGAUCCCGUUCAGACGUUCGUCUUAGGAUAAGAAGCUGGAAAACUCCUCCGGACAGCUUGUCCUAUUUGCAAAACAAUACAGAAGAUCCAGUCACUUUGAAAGAGAGUCCCAUAAAUCGAUCCUCCUAAAAACAAAUGAGAGUUCAAGUUCUUGAGGCGUGAUUGCAGUAACUGUCUGUCGGGGUGUUGUGUUGUGUCCAUGGGCGGAAUGAGCACAGUUUGACCAUAGUAAUAAAGUCCCUCAUUAAAGGAUCCCUUAUUAAAACCUUCACUCAUGGCCUGUAAUACAUUCAAUCAACAGCGUUUUAUAAAUAUAAUAAAGUAAUAAUGGCUAAUUUAAUGAAAAA